AUUGCCUAAGCAAAUUCUUCUAUAAAAAUGGGUUUGAUGGUAGCAGUUUCUAAUUCAGUGAGCUUUUACUGAGACAAAAUCGGAUCGCCAUGGCUGAAGAAGUGAAACUUUUUGGAACAUGUGGAAGCCCUUUUAGCAGCAGAAUACAGGUUGCUCUCAAACUCAAAGGCAUUUCUUAUGAAUACAUAGAAGAGGAUGUCACCAACAAGAGUCCUCUGCUCCUGAAAUACAAUCCCAUUCACAAGAAAGUCCCCGUCCUCCUGCACAACGGAAAGCCGAUUGUCGAAACCCGCGUAAUUCUCGAGUACAUCGACGAAACAUGGAAGGCCAAUCCCAUCUUGCCGGAGGACCCUUACGACAGAGCCACCGCUCGUUUCUGGGCUAAAUAUAUAGAUGGAAAGUGCGCGGCUGCAGCAAUGAAAGCAUUUUGGGCUGAAGAGAAGGAGCGAGAGAAAGCAGUGGAGGAAGCUUGUGAGUGUCUGAAAACACUUGAAGGUGCCCUCAAGGACAAGAAAUUUGCUGGAGGGGAGACUUUGGGGUUGGUUGAUAUUGUUGCCAACUUCAUCGCCUUCUGGCUUAGGUCAUUUCAAGAAAUCUCUGGGGUUGAGCUGCUCACAGAGGAGAAAUUCCCUGAUUUAUUCAAAUGGAGUGAGGAGUACGUUGAGCACCCCAUCAUCAAGGAAUACCUUCCUUCCAGAGAUGAGCUGAUGUUUGUCUUUGUCCACAAACGCCUUCAAAAUUUAAAGUAAUGCAAUUUGGAGUAAACAGAUAAUGGAUUAUGGUGCUAUGCCUAGUAUUUUUGCUGCAAUAUAAGCCCGUCUGUGCUGUUGUAAUCUUAAAUUUUCCAAUAACGUGAAUUGCCCUUUUAAGUUGGAUUUUGGUCAGUCUUGUUUUGUGUGUUAAGAGUUUGUGAGUGUAAAAUGAGUGUAUUGCUUGUACUCCUAAUAAUAAAGUUUUUAUUGGUUG